GGUAUGAUAAAACCCUACAUCAGAAACCUAAAACGGUGCCAUUGUUGCUGUACUCUGAGCCGUCACUAGAACUCUCACUCUUAUCACUGCCAACAGUGAAACCAUGGCCGUUGGUAAGAACAAGCGGAUCUCUAAGGGGAAGAAAGGUGGCAAGAAGAAAGCUGCUGAUCCAUUUUCCAAGAAGGAUUGGUAUGAUAUCAAAGCUCCUUCAGUCUUCCAGGUGAAGAAUGUCGGCAAGACCCUCGUCUCUCGUACUCAGGGUACUAAGAUUGCUUCAGAUGGACUCAAGCAUAGAGUGUUUGAGGUUUCAUUGGCUGAUCUUCAAGGAGACGAAGAACAUGCAUUCAGGAAGAUUAGGUUGAGAGCUGAAGAUGUUCAAGGGAAAAAUCUUUUGACAAAUUUCUGGGGGAUGAAUUUCACAACUGACAAACUGAGGUCAUUGGUGCGUAAGUGGCAAACUCUUAUUGAAGCCCAUGUGGAUGUCAAGACUACUGAUAAUUACACAUUGAGGAUGUUUUGCAUUGGAUUUACCAAGAGGAGAGCUAACCAGGUGAAGAGGACCUGUUAUGCACAAUCUAGUCAGAUUAGACAGAUCCGUAGGAAGAUGGUUGAGAUCAUGAUCAACCAAGCAUCAUCCUGUGAUUUGAAGGGAUUGGUCCACAAAUUCAUUCCCGAGAUGAUUGGGAAAGAGAUUGAGAAAGCCACUUCUAGCAUUUACCCUUUGCAGAAUGUGUUCAUCCGAAAAGUGAAGAUCCUUAAAGCUCCCAAGUUUGAUCUUGGAAAAUUGAUGGAGGUUCAUGGAGAUUACAAUGAGGAUGUUGGCACAAAGGUAGAGAGGCCUGCUGAUGAAAUGGUGACAGAGGAACCUACUGAAAUUGUUGGAGCUUGAUUUGGCGACGAUGUUCUUAGUUUGAUUUAGGUUUCCUGUUACUUAUGUUUAUUAGUCACAUUAAGUUUAAAUUUCAGUCCCGAGUUCUAUGUAAGCCGAGCGCAGCUUUUUUGUUUUGACAUUGAGAGAACAUUUUUUUGACUCGAAAUAUAUCUGAAUUUUGUUUGGAGCUCUGAAAAUCAGAUAUGCAUGCUGUUGGAUUGGGCAUGGGAGAUGGGUGAUUAUUGAUUUGGUGUGUUUUUGUAGUACUCACUUGAAAAAUUGAUACUUAUAUUUAAUAGUUUUUCACCCCAA